AUGGGCGUGAAACAUCAAUCUUGCAGAAACUCUUCUUCUUCUUCUUCUUGUUCUAACUUCCUCCCUGUCAGAUAUUCAACAAUUCUCACUUUAGCCCUCUUCUUUACCUCCUUUUAUCUCUUCAUUUCGCCUUUUAGGAAUCUCCCGGAACCGUUUUCUUUGACAGAGGAAAACCCUUUUAGUGGGGACCUUAGAUAUGCUAAAUUUCCAUGGAACAAACUUUAUUUUGGGCCAUCAUUUGAAAAGCUGAAGCUUGCGGUUUUCUCCAAGACAUGGCCGAUUGGUGCUGCCCCUGGUGGCAUGGACCGCCAUGCCUCAACUUUAUACCAUGCUCUUGCUGCCAGGGGACAAGAAGUUCUUGUCUUCACUGUGCCUUCAGAUAGAAAGUUUCACCAUGACAUUCACGACGGAAACCUUCAUGUCUACUUUGCGGCAAACGAUCAUGGUUCUGUCAAUUGUUCUUUGGCGUUUGAGAUAUUCCACAAGCUUAAUAACAAUGGCGCUUUUGAUUAUGUCCACACAGAGAGUGUUUCCCUGCCCCAUUAGCGUGCAAAAACGGUGCCGAACGUGGCUGUCACUUGGCAUGGUAUUUGGUAUGAAAUUAUGCACUCAAAGUUAUUGGAAGAACUUUUCUCAAACAGAAAUGGGAUUUUGCCUGGCCCUAUGACAGAGCUUCAAGAAGCAAUGCCGAGGCUUAUCGAGGAGAUUAGAUUAUUUUCGAGCUAUGCACAACAUAUUUGCCCAAGCAAUAGCGCAGGUAGGGCACUAGUUUCCAUAUAUCAGCUCCCACCAAGUAAUGUACACGCCAUAUAUACUGAAUUGAGUUCAUGACAAGGAAUUUGUCCUUGACCCGGCGCAAGGUUUCGAGAAAAGCAUGGUGGUCCUGAAAAUGUGAGCCUUGUGAUGGGAGUUGCAGGCCGUUUAGUUAGGGACAAAGGACAUCGCCUUCUCUAUGAAGACUUUUCUUUGAUAACCAUGCGAAAUCCCGGUGUAUAUCUACUUGUUGCAGGAUCAGGUCAAUGGGGAAAAAGGUAUGCAGAACUAGGCCAAAAUGUGAAGGUUUUAGGUGCAUUGGAACCUCAAGAGCUAUCUGAAUUUUAUAAUGCAAUUUAUGUGUUUGUAAAUCCAACAUUUAGGCCUCAAGGGCUUGAUCUUACUUUGAUAGCGAUGCAUUGCGGCAAAACUGUUUUGACGCCCAAUUAUCCGAGUAUAGUUGGGACAGUAGUUGUGAAUGAACAACUUGGGUACACAUUUUCAUCAAAUGUGAAGUCAUUUAUUGAGGCAUUGGAGAUGGUAAUUAGAGAUGGACCUCAAGUUUUGCAGAGGAAAGGCAUGGCCUGCAAGGAACAUGCGCUUUCGAUGUUUACUGCAAACAAAAUGGCAUCAGCUUAUGAGAGAUUCUUCCCAUGCAUGAAGAACACUAAAUACUGUCACUACCCUCUUCACACAGAUUGUUAG